AGGCUGUUUCGCAAGCGCCAACAAGCAGCAACUGCACUCACCGAACCAAUUCGCAUUGGCAUUCCGCGUUCAACAGUCGAACAGUUUCGUUCAAAACAACCAAAUCGUGAAAACAGAUUUUUCCGCAACAAUACCGCAAAACACGCAAAUCUCAGCAGUUGUUCCAUUCGAUUUCACCUCCAGCCGGCUAUGUUCUGUUAGAAAAGGCGGCAGUUUUUCGUGCGAGAGCCCCCAAAUCGGAAAUACUCAUAAGAGUGAAGAAGUAUGGCGGAAGCCCAUUCAGCCGUUGCUUUCUCGUUUUCCAUCACCCAUGAAGGCUGGGACGUUAAUUUCGACAGAGAAGUCCUCCACUUAGUCUGGCAGUCGGGCAUUCGUUCGUGGAAAAAAAGACUCGCCAGGUUUCAGAAUAGUGUUCACAAUGGUGUGUAUCCCGGGCAUCUGUGGAGUCUAUGGUUGAUAUUUUCAAUUGUGACGGCGGUGCAUUUUCUGGGGAAUGCAGUUCCGUUCGACUUAGCAGCAAAAAUUACAUAUUUAUUAAAUGAGACGUCUGUGCGAUGGCAGUUCACAGCGUGUUUCUUAACCGCCUUAAUUUAUUGGCUAACAAUAAUAUUCACCCUUAGGUACACAUUAAAAUUUUUACUGAUGUACAAGGGUUGGAUGUAUGAAAAGAGAGGUAAAGGUAGUAAAACAUCUUUACCUACGAAAAUGUGGUUGAUAUGUGUUAGAAUUUUUAGCGGCUGGAACAGGCCAAAACUUUAUAGUUUCCAAGGCUCGCUUCCUAGACUACCUCUACCUUCGUUGCACGAUACAAUGAGCAGGUAUUUGGAGAGUGUUCGACCACUCCUCGACGACCAGAACUACGAACGAAUGCAGCGACUCGCCUCAGAGUUCGAAAACGGCAUCGGCCGCAAGCUCCAAAGAUACCUCUGGUUGAAGUCGUGGUGGUCCAGCAACUACGUCUCCGAUUGGUGGGAGGAGUACGUCUACCUCAGAGGGCGUUCACCACUCAUGAUCAACUCGAAUUUCUACGGAAUUGACGCCAUCUUCAUGAAACCCACCACAAAUCAGGCGGCCAGAGCGGCCUCAGCCAUCAGUUCGUGCCUAAUUUUGCGGAGGCUGGUGGAAAGGCAGGAACUGGAACCCAUCAUGAUCCAGGGCUUGGUGCCGCUGUGUUCGUGGCAGUACGAGAGAAUUUUCAACACGACGAGGAUUCCGGGGUUGGAAACGGACAAAAUACAACACCUGCACGAUUCGAAUCAUAUUGUAGUUUAUCAUAAAGGAAGAUAUUUCAAGGUUGUGAUUUACAAGGGGAGGAUAUUGAAGCCUUGCGAGAUACAAGUACAAAUCCAACAGAUUCUGGACGACAAAUCCGAGCCGCUUCCUGGUGAAGAAAAACUAGCCGCUUUAACAGCAGGCGAAAGAACGCAUUGGGCCAACGUCAGGCGAAUGUUCUUCGGUAAAGGUGUCAACAAAUCGUCCUUGGACACCAUAGAAAAAGCCGCUUUUCUCGUCACGUUGGACGAUUUGCCCUACGAUUACGAUGCGGCGGACCCUGACAAAUUGGACAACUACGGCAAAAUUCUGUUGCAUGGAAAAGGGUACGACCGCUGGUUCGACAAGUCGUUUACUUUGUGCAUAGGAAACAACGGACGGAUUGGCUUUAAUGCAGAGCAUUCGUGGGCCGACGCAGCGGUAGCUUCCCAUGUUUGGGAGUGGGUGGUAACGGCCCAGGUCCACGAAAACCGAUACGACGAAAACGGCAACGCGAUUGGUACUCCAGAAAUCACUCCCCCCACCCCAAUUCGACUCAACUGGGAAAUAAAACACGAAUGUCAAGGGGCCAUCGACAAGAGCAUGAAAGUAGUCGCUAGUUUAAUACAAGACAUCGAUUUAAGAAUUUACGUCCAUAAUAACUACGGCAAAGGGUUUAUAAAACGUUGUCGUUUAAGUCCAGACGCGUAUCUCCAGAUGGCGCUGCAGCUGGCUUACUAUAGAGACGCUGGAAAGUUCGAUCUGACUUAUGAAGCCAGUAUGACAAGGUUAUAUAGGGAAGGACGUACCGAAACCGUGAGACCGUGUACCGUACAGUCGUCAAAGUGGGUCAAAUCGAUGGAGGAUCCUAAUUGCAGCACUGAACAACGAGUGCAGCUGCUAAUAGAGGCUUGUGAGAAACACCAGACUGCCUACCAAGACGCCAUGUGCGGCAAAGGCAUCGACAGACACCUGUUCUGUCUCUAUGUAGUUUCAAAAUACCUAGAAGUAGAAUCACCCUUCCUUCAAAAAGUGCUGAGUGAGCCGUGGAGAUUGUCAACAUCACAAACCCCCCAUGGCCAGACUGGCAGGAUGGAUCUCAAUAAGCACCCCAACUGUAUUAGUGCAGGGGGUGGUUUUGGGCCCGUGGCCGACGAUGGCUAUGGUGUUUCGUACAUCAUAGCGGGCGAAGAUAUGUUUUUCUUCCACAUAUCGAACAAAAGGAGCAGCACUAAAACGGACUGCCACCGAUUCGCAAAAAGAAUAGAAAAGGCGCUUUCGGACAUGAAGGCGCUCUACGUCGACUAUCAAUCUCACAAUGGUAAAAAUUAACUUUUUAGGAUGUUGGGAUCUAAUUUAAGACAAUCUCCAUGGUGGUAUUCGGUUUUAGGUUAAGAAACUUAAGUUAUUAUGCGAUUCAGCACAGAACCGAGUGGUUGUUGCAAUUAUGUUAAAUUGUUUUUUAUUAUUUGAACAUUGUUUGAAAUUUUUGUAAUGUUGUUAAUACUGCUAAUGAUUGUGUGAGUAUUAUGAGUACUAUUAUGAUUAUCUAGUUAUAAUGCAAGCAUCAAUGCAAUACUUGUCUUUUUAAACCAACUGAUUUUGUUUUCUAGUUUUCAAAUUAUAGACAUCAUUGUACCUAUACAUUUUUAUGAAUUAAUAAACUAUUGUUUGAUAUCA